AUGUCAGUCAAGGUGCCAUAUGAGUCGGUACAGUACCAGUCGCACCAUCACUGCCAGUGUGACUUCUGUAACAGCCGCCGCACAGUAAACGCAAAGAAGUUUGGCGUCAGCAGCACCGUUGCGCAGCUUCAGGCGCUGCAGCGCAAAAACAACUGCUGUUGCUCCUGCCAUGAGGUGCUGGCUUCACGCUCCCUUGGCGACAAGGCGGCGCCGUCGUUUGAGCUCGAUGACCCUGAACACCACGUGAACCAGACGGCGCUCAACACCAAGAUGGGUCGCACUGGCAUCCCCGGCGGAGACAAGUACACCAUCACGUCAGGCGGCCCCGCCGGCGGCAGCAAAUGCGGCUCCAAGAUGAUGACGCGUGAGGAGCAGGAGAAGGAGGCGAUGGACGACCUCGACCGUCUUGAGCGGCUGCUCAUCCUCGAGCACAAGGCGCGGGUGAAGGCGACGACAGAGGCAGAGAGGCUUAACCACCUGCGGUCGACUGGCAAAGGGCUGCGCCCGCAGCCCUUUGACGCGUGUGCUGAAAGGACAGAGAAUAAUGGCGCGCCGCUGCAGCAGCUGGAUGCUGCGCAGGCGAGCACCAUUCGCGAGGCGUAUGAUCGUGCCCAGCGCUGCUCUGUCACACCCCCGCCGCACUGCGAGGCGUCCCACCGCCUGCAGCACACUAUUGACGAUGUGCGCGCGGUGGCGCGUGACCCCAUCAAUCGCAACAAUGCCGCGGCACUGCAGCAAGUGCUGUAUCGCGAGGGAGUGCCGGGCGCCACGCCGACGCCAUCAGAGACAUGUGAUGCCCUCAACGGCGUCACCGGCACGACGGUUGGCAAGAGGGUCAACUACUCUGGGCCGCGCCCUGAGGGUGCUGGCGUUGUGUGGCGCAAGUUUCAACCAAGCAUCCAGGAGAGUCCUGCAACAGCAGCCGGCGGUCUUGGCAACGUUGAUAACCGUGACCUCUGGAAAAGUACGGUAGUGAAGGGGGGCAGCACGGUGAAACAGCAGAAUGGCACUGUUGCCGUAACAAAUGGCGGGACUGCGGCGGCGCCCAUGGAGAAGUCCUCGCCGGGCGCGGAAGCGGCGAUGAAGGUGCAGCAGCAGGGACGGCAGAGUGAGGUUGACACGCCUCUGCCAACUGUUCGUUGUGCUGAAGAAACUCGGAUUUAA